CAGAGAAGUGAAUACAACAGAUUUAUCAGUGUUGUGAUUGAUUAAGAUUGAUAGCUACGAGCUCUGUUCUUCUUAUUUAUCAGUUGCACCACAAAUUUCAAGAACAAAAGUUCAAGGUUGGAAGACAAACUCAGCGAUGGGGAGGAAGAGGAGCGCGCCGCUGAACAAGCUCUUUGCGUUGGUGCGGCGGCAGUCCACCAAGGUGAAGACUUUCGUGGCCACGGUGUCGAUGCUGGCGGCGCUGGUGGCGCUCAGGUUCCUCGUCCACGACCACAACCAUUUCUUCGUGGCCUCCGAAUCCAUCCAUUUUGCCGGGAUUUUGGUCCUCAUUUACAAGCUCACUACUAAAAAAUCUUGCUCAGGCCUUUCUCUGAAGACACAAGAACUCACUGCCAUGUUCUUGGCUCCAAGAUUAUGUUGCAGUUUCUUUAUGGAGGGCGACAUUCACACUUUUCUCGAUUUUGUAACGCUCGUGGCAACGCUGUGGGUCGUAUACAUGAUGAGGUUCAAGCUGAAGUCGACCUACAUUGCAGACUUGGACAAUAUGCCCUUGUAUUAUGUGGCGGUUCCUUCUGCAAUUCUAGCCCUGUUCAUCCAUCCUUACACGCACCACGCUCAUGCUGGCCGGAUGCUGUGGGCCUUCUCUGUCUACGUGGAGUCCAUCUGCGUAUUGCCACAGCUUCGGAUGAUUCAGAACACCAAGAUGAUAGAGCCAUUCACAGCCAAUUACGUAUUUGCACUCGGUGUUGCAAGAUUUCUAGGAUGUGCUCAUUGGAUCAUCAAGGUAUAUGAUUCGGCUGGUGCAUACUUGUUCCUGGUUGGAGCUAGCUACGCGUGGCUUCCCAUGGUUCUGCUAACAGAAGUUGUACAGACAUUCAUCUUAGCCGAUUUCUGUUAUUACUACAUCAAGAGUAUGAUGAAUGGCCAACUCCUUGUCACCCUGUCGUCCCCUGUCUAAUAAUUUUCAGAGUAGACAUCAUGUUUGUGGAUAUAAAUAUGUUCAUGCAUGAAAGGGAUGGAUAUUAUGUACUAUUUCCUUGUGUCUAAUCUUGGAUUUAUAAGUUGCAUUAUCCUGUCUAA